AAUUAAAAAAUUAUGUGAAUUUUUUUUCAAGCUUACGAAAUUUUAAACUACUUAUCGCAGCAACACUCUAAUUAAAAGAAAUAAUUAGCAUAAAAAUAUUUCUAAUUAUAAAUUACCGAUAUCUAAUUCACAGAUAACAUUUAAUUAUAUCCAAGGUAAAACGCCGGACAUGCAAGUGAUUGAAGUAUUUAACUUUCAAGAUUAAAUAUUAAUAAAUAAAAAGAGUAACAUUGAAAUAUAAAAGGGACCGAUUGAGUAAUUUUUAUAAAUCCCACAUGUGUACACAGAAUUCCAUGUCAAGUUCAGAGAGUUGCGCAACAAAAUAAAAAAAAUCAAAGACUUUCUUUCACCACUUUUAUAUCUUCUAAUUUCUAACUCGGAACUUCCAAGGGAAAAAAAAUAAGAAAGAAGACACAAGAUAAUAUAAUGAACAAAAUUUAUUCAUAAAUGCCUAUCCGGCAUGCCUGUCUUCCAAAGACUUUUCAUUAUAUCGACACGCGUGACGUUUGUAUCAAAUGUACGGCAAUCAAUUGUAAACAAAGUUAACUUAAAUUUUUGCAAUCAGUGAUAAUUUUUAAAACGUAUACCUGAAGCUUACUCUGCAUUUUGACAUUUACGCGUUGGCAUCUCAAAAUGGCCACAAUCAUUUACUGCCUCCUUAUCGGUAUAACAUCAGCAGCAGGCCCGCUGUCCUACAUGACCAACAUUCUAAAAUACUACCAACAAUACCCACCAUUUCCCGGUCUGCUAAACAAAGAACCCACGCUUCUCAACAAUUACGACUUCAUAAUAAUUGGCGCAGGUUCGGGAGGUUCAGUUCUCGCUAACCGACUCAGCGAAGUACCGCACUGGAAAAUCUUACUUUUAGAGGCUGGUAGAGACGAGAUAUUCCUUACUGACAUCCCCCUGCUAGCCGCGGCAAUGCAGCUGACGCCAUACAACUGGGGCUACCGCACAGAACCAAAUUCCGGGUUCUGCCGAUCAAUGACAGAAGGUCGCUGCAACUGGCCACGUGGUAAAGCCGUUGGAGGAACUUCUGUCAUCAACUUUAUGAUCCAUUCCCGCGGAUUGCCCCGGGACUACGAUCAAUGGGCUGCAUUGGGUAACAGAAGAUGGCGGUACCGUGACGUCGCUCAAUAUUUCGCUAAAUCUGAGCGAUUUGUCGAUUCAAUAGGCUACAAUUCGUUGAACUCCUCAGUUUAUGGCCAAGAUGGCUUCCUGGAUGUCACUUCAGUCCCCUGGAGGUCGAAGUUGCGCGACAGGUUCCUGAAAGCGGGUCAAGAACUUGGGUAUAACCUUAAAGACUGCAAUGACGCGACUCCGACGGGUUUCUGCCCAGUAGCCGUCAAUUUACGUCACGGAAGACGACUCAGUGCUGCUAAAGCUUACCUGAGACCUGUCAGAAACCGACCCAACCUCCAUGUGUCCAGAAAUUCACGAGUGACCCGCGUGAUUAUUGAUGAAAACUCAAAAGUUGCUCGAGGCGUCGAGUUUGUUAAAGAUGGCCGGCGGAUGAAAGUAAUGGCUGCUAAAGAAGUUCUACUGGCUGCGGGAAGCUUGAACUCUCCCCAGAUUCUCAUGCUCUCUGGUGUUGGUCCGAAGAACCAUCUUGAGAACCUGGGAAUUAAGGUUUUAGCCGAUCUGCCGGUCGGUAAAAAUCUGCAGGACCAUGUCAGUAUGGCCGCGCUAACUUUUCUCGUUAAUGAUACUGUUACUAUUGUUGAAUCCAGGAUUGCGACUAACUUCAAAGACACUUUUGAUUACUUGGCUUACGGACAAGGACCUUUUACUGCGCCUUCCGGCGCCGAAGCGCUGGCUUUUGUUAAUACGAAAAGCGGAGAGGGAAAAUAUAGCAAAAAGAAUAUUCCAAGCUUAGACGUCACCAAUGAAGCAAAGAGUUCAAAAAUUGAAGAACCAGACAUUGAAUUAGUUUUCGGAAUUGGAUCAAUGGCCGGUGAUUUAUCAGGCACUCUUCGAAGGAUUUUCUCCCUCCCUUAUUCCUGGUACCGUGAAGUAUUUGGCGAUUUUAUCGGCAGAGACGGAUUCAGCAUAGUUCCUGUACUCUUAUACCCGAAAAGCCGCGGAAGCGUCACUUUGCAGAGUAAAAAUCCUUUCGACCCGCCAAUUUUUAACCCAAACUACUUCGAAAAUGAGCAAGAUCUAAAAACACUUGUCAGAGGGAUCAAAAAGGCUUUGGAAAUCGCGGAAACUGAAGCUUUCAAGAAAUACAACGCAACUCUGUUACCGGUAAAGUUUCCCGGGUGUAAAAAUAUCGAUUCGGGAACUGACGAGUACUGGGAGUGCGUCUGCAGGCAGAUUUCCACAACACUCGGGCAUUUUGUGGGCACCUGCAAAAUGGCACCGAAGGAACAAGAUGGUGUUGUUAAUGAUGAACUUAAGGUGUAUGGUAUUGAAAGGUUAAGAGUAGUCGAUGCUAGUGUGAUGCCUAAUUUGAUUUCGGGACACACUAAUGCGCCAACUUAUAUGAUCGGGGAGAAAGCUAGUGAUAUGAUCAAAGAAGAGUGGUUAAAUAAGUAAUGUUAAUAUAUGAUAAAUAUCAGGGUGGAAAAAGUUGUAGAUAAUUGUAUUAGGUUAUUUUUUAUGCAUACCCUGAUAGCUUCACUUUUUGUUCAAGAACAUGCAGUUUAGUAUUUUUAGUGAAGUUAUCGUAAAGUAAAAUUGUUGCAGAGCAACGUGCUGUUAACUUGAAUGAAACUCUUCCUGAGUCGAAAAAAUGGACUUGAAUGCCUAAUUAACGCGAUUUGACAAUCAACUAGUUGAUGUUCAAUGGUUUACAUCAACUUUACGUAAAGUUCGCGUCAAUUUUUGCAUUUGCAACAGUUUCACAGAACUUGAUUUUAACUUACGUAUCGAGUUAACGUAAACCUACUGCUGGAAUUAACCAAAAGGUUUGCUCAAAGUUGACGCGAAUUUUGCGGAAAGUUGACGUAAACUAUUUUUAUAAGUACAACUGUUUCCUUACUGUUAGCGUAAACUUUAAGUCCUAUUCCGGCCGCAGGAAACUUGAUUUUAUUUGUGCUAACUGAGUGAGCUUAAAUCAAUUGUUUUAGUAUAGUAGUUAAGUUCAUUUAAGUUAAUUUUUUUCAUUCGGGUUGCAUUUUCUAAUUUUUUCGGUAAGUUAGUCACCGAUUCCAGACGCUGAUCAACGAUUUACACACUUGGAAGAAGUUUUAUUUAAAAAUUACCAUUAAAUUCACUGUAAUCGUAAAACGGAUGGUAUAGCGGUAUAGCCUCAUCAUUUUUGUCGGUAAGUCAGAUAACUUUUAAGUUUAAUAAAAUUUUCUCACUUAGCAUAAAUGACAUCAUAAGUUGAUGUAAACUUGCGACCAUAUAAGAUGUAAAGUUUACGGAAGCAGUAAGGCAACAAUUUUACUUCUAACUAGUUUUCGUCAAGUAAACUUCAACUUCGCGUCAACUUUGAAUUAACCGUUCGAUCUAAUUUCGGCAGUAGAUUUACGCUAACUUGAUGCGUAAGUUGAAGUUAUAUUCCGUACAACAGUGGCAAAUUGCAAAGUUGACGCAAAACUUACAAAAACUUUAUGCAAAUCAUUGUACAUCAACUAGAUGAUCAACUCGUAUUAACUAAGUUACCGGAAUCUACCGUAAAUUUUGUUAGGUUUUUCACAAAUUUUAUCUAGUCUACUGUAAAAUAAAUGAAUUUUCGUUUAAAAAAUGGUAAUAAAUUAAGGACCGUGUUAUAACCCACCAUUAAAGUGAAUUUAAAGGCAAUUUUUAAAGAAAAUUUUUUCCGUGUAUACAGAUAAAAAAAUCGAGUUUUUUACUUUUUUGCAUAGGAAAAGUUUAUGUCAACGCAAAUUUUACCGUUUCAUAUAAAUUAUUUUUAUGUGGCAUAGUAAGAUUUUCUAUAUUGAAACUAAUUAUUCAAUUUAUUCUUAUGUGGUCAUAGUCAAUUUUACCAUGCUAAUAUUAAAAGAAUAGCAAUAAUAUGUUGAUAUAGGAACACUGGACAGUAACGUAGAAAUUUUUCCUAUUUUGGCAAAGAUAUAUUUCCAUUAUCAAAUUAGGAAAAAUUUCUAUGCAAAUUUUUUCUGAGUUAAAAUAUUUGGUAGUUUGUAGAUUUCAGUUACAUGUAAAUUUUUGCUAUGUGACAUAGCAAUUUUUCCGAUUGUAGCAGGAAAAUUUUUGGUG